AGACAUUUUAGUAAAAUUGCAUUAUUUAUAAACAGAUGCAGUUCAUGCAGUAACAUUGAAUUGAAUUAAAUACUGAAAAGUUUUACUAAGAUCGUAUUAAUUCGGUACAAUCAUGGAUUCUGUGGACUUGUUAGCUCGUGAGGAAGAGUUUAGAAAACUAAACAAACAACUGGAGAAGAAAACUAUCAGUUUGAUGAAAGAAAUUGAGAAUUCCAUGCAAAAGCAGGACAUAUUCUCCACCUACUCGCCGAGCAGAAGUGUUAACCGUCAAAGACAGUCCUCCUAUGACACAUCAAAAAGCAAUACACCGGAGUCUACACCGAAGAAAGGAGUUAAAACCACACAGAGACCAAAUAAAAUACUUUCCAAAGAGAAUACAAACGCUAUCAAUAUAAAAAAAUCUAAUUUAGAAGCUGCAGACAACCUUUCAAGUGAAAAGAUCAUUAGUAGCACAGUUUGUGAUUGCGCAAAGUAUGAUAUUGAAUCAGAUUUGGAGUUUUUGUAUGCAUUUGUCUCUGUAAAUGUACAAAUGGGAGUGCUACCGCAGACAUUUCUUAAAGAUAAGCUGAAUGUGGAGAGUGUGUGCAAGUUUUUGGCUUCCAAAGUCAAGUUGAUGCAGGAGCAGCUCGCCACUCUGCAGACCAGCAUUGACAGGAAGGUAUCUCAGUGUGAGAACCACUUAACUCAAAUAGCGGAACAUGAGAGUGCAAGACUGAAAUUGUUGAAUAAAACUAAUAAUUUGAGUGCUGAAGCGGCUGACUUGAGGGCCAAGUGCAUGGCACUUCAAAAUAGACUGAAUGAGAAAGACCGACUCUACAAGGAGCAAAGAAGCGAGACAGACAAACUACGAAGUGAAGUGAAAAGGCUGAGGACUCAAAACGCAUCGGUUGAGGCGAAAUGUGUCACUAGAGAAGAAGAAAUAGAUAGAUUGAAGUUACAAGUGGAAGCCUUGAAAAAUACUGAAAAGGAAUUCCGAGCGUCAACGCGCAGUUUAUCCGCGUCACACACUAACGCCAUCUCGCGGCUAGAAACGAAAACCAAACUGCUGCUCUCUACCAUAGACAAACAGAAGAGUCUCAUAGAGAACCUAAAGCAACAGAACUCUAUAUUGUCUGUGGGCAACAGCUUGAAGGCCUUCGAAAAGGAAUAUGAACAGUUUUUGACUCAAGAUUUCUGAAUAAAGGUUUUGUAUAAAG